AUGCGCGCCCCGGGGUGCAGGGGCGUCCGCGCUAACGGCUCUCCGCUCUCUCCCCGCACAGCCAUCGUCGGGGUGGUGGCCGUCUACCUGGUGGUGGGCUACGGUGCGUCCCUGCUCUGCAACACCAUCGGCUUCGGCUACCCCGCCUACGUCUCAAUCAAGGCCAUUGAGAGUCCCAACAAAGAUGAUGACACUCAGUGGCUGACUUACUGGGUUGUGUAUGGUGUUUUCAGCAUAGCAGAAUUCUUCUCUGAUAUCUUUCUGUCCUGGUUCCCUUUCUACUAUAUGCUGAAGUGUGGCUUCCUGUUGUGGUGCAUGGCUCCAAGUCCUUCUAAUGGAGCAGAGUUUCUGUAUCAUAGAAUUAUCCGGCCUUUUUUCCUGAAGCACGAAGCUCAGCUUGACAGUGUUGUUAAAGACCUGAAAGACAAGGCUGCAGAGACUGCAGAUACCAUCACUAAAGAAGCCAAGAAAGCAACAGUGAACUUACUGGGUGAAGAAAAGAAGAGCACUUAAACUAUUAACUGGAUAAAGUUUCCUUACUGCCUCCUUUAUAAAGCUUGAUGUUAUUGGGAACUGUGGUAUAGUUUUAAUAAUAUUGCCUUGGAAACAUUUUGAUAUAUUAAAGGAAUGUGUUGUAAGUUUGCUUACUACUUUGCUGUGUCUAUAGAAAGUAAGCAUUUUUAUUUAAAAACAAUGCAGUGGGUGGUGUCUGAAGCUUAAUGAAAAUACUCAUUUUCAUGCAGAAGAAAUCUUCUAGUAAUCUCUUUCUGCAGUAACAUAAAUAAAAAGUAUAUAUCCCACAGGCUCUGCACUUUAGUUGUCUCUUUGUGUAUAUAAUUACUCUUAACACUUUGAUUGUUGUGUGUCUGGUAACAUGAAGCUGUUGUAGAAGAAAAAUACCAGUCUGAACAGAUCUUGAAUAUACAGGGAAUUAAUUGUGAGAGAUGGCAUAAUGAUGUAUUCCCUACCAGUAAGGUUGUAAAUGAUGAAAUUAUAUAUUCUAUGCACCUGAUGAUAGAGAUUAUUCACUAUUGCAUGUUUAGUUGUAACACAAUAUUUGGUACAGUGUGUGUAUUCUUAAAUGGAUAGAUACUAAAUAUAGGAGAGUGACUUCAUUCAGGUGAUCAAUCUUACAUUAUCAUGAAGUAAUCUGACAGAAAUUGAUGCAUUAAAUUGCACAUGAUUAGCACAAGAUGAUGAAAGUACAACUCCUUAUCUCUUCUUGCUAAAUAAAGUUGUCAUCCAAAAUUGUUAACAGAGCCUUUUAAGAUCACACUCAAAAGCACAAACCACCUUUCACUAAGGAGGAAUACCAUUACACACACUUUUUCCUAAAGUCCUCUUGAAAUAUUAACUGCCUUGGGUGUCAGUCCCCAGAACUACAUCAUUAAUGGGAUGGACUACAUCCUCCAUGAGCUUUUUUUGCUCAUAAAAAUCUAGAAUUCCUUCUGACUGUACUAAGAACAACUUUGCAAAAGCACUAAAAUUUCCUAAAUAGAGAUGCUGUUGUUACAUGAUUAUGUUCCUGACCAAUCAGUAAGAAUGCAACCAAAGUUGUUAUGAGAAUAAAGGCUUUUUUGCAAUCAA